UUCGAAUUCAUUUCAUUUCAUUGUAACCAUUGUAUGACUAAACAUGUCUUAACAUUACAUCUGAUUAUACAUGCCAUAUUUUUUGCAAAAAAAAAAACAAUUCACUUCUUUUACAUGUCCUACAACCAAGGCAUAUUUCAUUCAUGUCUCUCCCAUAUACAUGUAUGUAUGUAUAUAUGUCUAUAUUACAUGCUCCCCACCUUAUACAAUCAUACAACCCCUAAAUAAAUAAAUAAAAUAAAAUAAAAUAAAAACAAAUAAAAAUAUGAUUUAAUACUUUAAAUUACGCAGGCAAACCGCACAGGUCAACGGCUUCAAAACUCCGAAGGAGCAUCAAAAUCAAAACCAGGAACGUCAAAAAACUCCGACGCAGCAUCAAAACCUGCAGUUUCGUCUCCGUCUCCAACCGCCGCACCUGCAGGCGCCGCCGCCGCUGUCGUCGGAGAUGGUAAGGCAUUUGUGAAGCCUUCUAGCCCAUCUCCACCCCGACCUUCCACAUCACCUCCAAAUCCGAAGUCCCCUGGAUUACGGCAUGGUUCCUCGAACAUAAGGAAAUCGAGGUUGUUAUCAUUGCUGCCGUCUUUGUAGAAAUCCAGCAAGUACGAUUCUCUCUCCACCUUCUCCUCCUCGGCUUCCUCCGCCAUGUGAAUACCAGAAGGUGCCGGAUACGGUUCGCUCGCCGCUUCCAUCCAGAAGUUGAAAAAGCUCUCUUCAUCCAUAAUUGCUGGAUUCAAGGCGGUGGAAGAAGCAUAAUCUGCUUCGAUUGGGACUUCAUGACGUUUCAGCUCCAUCAAUUCCGCUGAGAAAUCGUUGUUGUUGUGAAGAAGAUGAUGAUCGCCUUCUUCAUCAGUCAGCCGUUGUGCUUUCCCUGCUCGGCGGUGUUCAUCAUUGUCACCGUGCAUCGGCUGUGCACUGGACUGAGCUUCUCCGAUUUCUCUGAGCUUAUCUGCGUAGUUGCUCAUGUCAAAAUUGGCGUAAAGCGCAGCCCCUACUCUUAAAGUGUGCACAAGGUAAAAACUCGGGUUGAAUGCAAUGGCUUGCAAAACACAUCAAACAGAUAAACCAUACUAGGCAGGCAUGUGAGAGGCUCGACCCGAAGGUGUUGACAAUGGUUGAACUCAUGACUUCUCAGUCACUAGCUCGCCUACUUCACCAACUUGGCCACCUUUACAGGAGGCGAUCAUCAUCUUCUUCACAACAACAACGAUUUCUCAGCGGAAUUUAUGGAGCUAAAACGUCAUGAAGUCCCAAUCGAAGCAGAUUAUGCCUCUUCGACCGCCUUCAAUCCAACAAUUAUAGAUAAAGAGAGCUUUUUCAACUUUUGGAUGGAUGCGGCGGGCGAACCGUAUCCGACACUUUCUGAUAUUCAUAUGGUGGAGGAAGCGGAGGAGGAGAAAGUUGAGAGAGAAUCGUACUUGCUCGAUUUCUAUAAAGACGGAAGCAAUGAUAACAGCCUAGAUUUCCUUAUGUUCGAGGAACCGUGUCGUAAUCCAGGGGAGUUCGGAUUUGGUGGUGAUAAGGAAGGUCAUGGUGGAGAUGGGCUAGAAGGCUUCACAAAUGCUUUACCAUCUCCGGCGAAAGCGGCGACGGCGCCUGCAGGUACGGCAGUUGGAGACGGAGACGAAACUGCAUGUUUUGAUGCUGCUUCGGAGUUUUUUGACGUUCCUGCAGGCUUUGAUGCUCCGUCGGAGUAUUUUUGAAGUUCCUGGUUCUUAUUUUGAUGCUGCUUCGGAGUUUUGAAGUCGUUAACCUGUGUGGUUUGACUGCGUAAUUUAAACCAUCAUUUUAUUUUAUUUUAUUUUAUUUAUUUAUUUGAAUUAUUUAUUUAGGGGUUGUAUGAUUGUAUCAGGUGGGGAGUAUGUAAUAUUGACAUAUAUACAUACAUGUAUAUGGGAGCACUGAGGUAAGACAUGAAUGAAAUAUGCAUUGUGGUUGUUGAGUAUGUAAAAGAAGUGAAAUGUUUUUUUUUUUUGCAAAAAUGUGGCAUGUAUAAUCAGAUGUAAUGCUAAGACAUGUUUAGAGUCAUACGAUGGUUACAAUGAAAUGUAAUGAAUUCAAAAAAGUUGUAUGAUUGUGAACUUUCUUGUUAUACACUACUUGAAUGUAUUAAAUGAGUUACAUGUAUUAAAG